CUCUCUCGCAACAACCUCCUCCUCUGCCCCCAGACGAACCCACUGAUCCGUCGUCAUGGCUAACUUCCUCGCCUCCAUUUUCGGCACGGAGCUUGACAAGGUCAACUGCUCCUUCUAUUUCAAAAUCGGCGCAUGCCGCCACGGCGACCGUUGCUCGCGAAAGCACGUCAAGCCCUCGUACAGCCAGACCAUCCUCAUGCCGAACCUAUACCAGAACCCUGCCUUCGACCCCAAGAACCGCAUGAACCCGUCCCAGCUGCAGAACCACUUCGACGCUUUCUAUGAAGACAUCUGGUGCGAGCUUUGCAAGUACGGCGAGCUGGAGGAGCUCGUCGUCUGCGACAACAACAACGACCACCUAAUCGGAAACGUGUACGCGCGGUUCAAGUAUGAAGAGUCCGCUCAGCAGGCGUGCGACAUCUUGAACAGCCGCUGGUACGCCGGCCGCCCCAUCUACUGCGAGCUCAGCCCCGUCACCGACUUCCGCGAGGCCUGCUGCAGGCUCAACUCGGGCGAGGGCUGCGUCCGCGGCGGCUUCUGCAACUUCAUCCACCGCAAGAACCCGAGCGAGGAACUCGACCGCGACCUCGUCCUCAGCACCAAGAAGUGGCUCAAGCUCCGCGGCCGCGACGAGCGCAGCGUCAGCCGCUCCCCCACCCCCGAGCCCACGAGGCGCAGAUGAUUUGCGCGCCCUGUAUAUGCGGCAAAAACAAAAACUUCGAAUGAUGAAUGCUAUACUUCUCCAACGUGGCAUCGCUGGCGUACGGAGGCGCAAAUGUAUCAUAGGGCUUCAGGAGGCUACUGGUUUUUCUUCGGCGUUCGGAAAUGGCUCUACUUGGUGGAUAAGAGGCCCAGUUGGGGCAGGUUCUGGUGGUUCAUGGCAUAUACCUUGAUGUGAACUCCGUAGAGGAGGUUUCUAAAAUAAAAACGGCAAGCACGGCGUCUCUCGCCCUCACUCAUCUUAGUCCUCCAUGACUAGAAUCCCCAGGCGCGCCGUGACAAAGCCGCCGCCGUCGUUCCACCGGCUACCAGCCAUGGACCCGGGCGGGGAGGCCCGAUUGCAAUCACUCCAGACAGACACCCGGCUGUUGGAACAUGGCAGAUACUUCGAACUCUGAUCUAGAUGAAUUACUAGGCUCGAGAGAUCUCCUUGAGUCUUUAUAUUGACACUGAGCUACAGAAAUACUGCCCGCAGCGCACGGGCUUUAUGCAAGAAGGCCCCAGCGCCCGCUCUCUCUCUCUUCUUUACUCUUUUUUUUAUCGAUCACAUCGUU